AUGGGCGAGGUGGCAGCGGCAAUAGACAGCAGCUUCGUGGUGUCGACAGGAGACAACUUCUAUGACGAUGGGCUGCAGGACAUCAAUGAUCCCAACUUCGCCUCCUCCUUCUCUGAGAUCUACCAGGCGCCCAGCCUGCAGACACAGUGGUACGCAGUGCUGGGGAACCACGACUACCACCGCAACCCCGAUGCGGAGACGGACCCGGCGCUGAGGCGGAGGGACCCACGGUGGCGCUGUGAGAAGACCUACACCGUCGUGCGCGACACCUGCCCCAAGUUCCGCUACUUCGAGUGCAACCCGCUGCUGCAGCUGUUUUUCAUCGACACGUCUCCAUUGGUGGCGGGGUACUGGCACGGCAAGCCACACGAGUUUGAGAAGCUCAACUUCACAGGCCUCCCAGACGCCUCCCUCACCCUGCACUACCAGCUCACGUUGCUGCGUGCAGCGCUGGAAUCAUCAACUGCCACGUGGAAGGUGGUGGUUGGCCAUCAUCCCAUCCACAGCACAGGCAGCCACGGCAACACGCCUGAGCUGAUCAAGUUCCUCUACCCGCUUCUCAAGCGCUACAACGUGGACAUAUACAUGAACGGCCACGACCACAACCUGGAGCUUUACAAGGACGUCAACAGUGGUAUGUUCUUUGUCACAAGCGGGGGUGGAUCUAAGGCUUUCCCCCGCCUGUCAGCACAUUGCCGUGGUGCGGCGUCCCCCUAG